AUGCUUGCGGACCUUAACGCAGAAAAAGAGAAAUCGGCCCAUGAACCAACACAUGGCGGCGAUGACCAAGAUUCUUCCGACAACCUGACCUCAGAAAAGGAGAAACACCUCCAAAACCUCGCCUUUGACGAGCUAGUCGAAGUGCUCCAGAUCCCAAACCCGCAACACUCCACUCUGUCCAAGCUCCAGCCAUAUGUAAACAACAUAUACACGCCCAAGACGUACGAAAGAAUGAAGAUGGCAUUAGGCCCUACCUUUAGCAAGGCUUACGAAGCGAUGCAGCUAUGGCACGAAAUCCACGGAAAGCUAAGAGAAUUCAUAGAGACUACCAAGUAUGAGGGCAAGGCUGGUGCGGACUGGCAAGCUUAUAAACAGGCUUUGAGAUCGGUUUCUUGGAAGGAGUCUUUGCCGGCUACGACUGCGCAUCGUCAGCUGGGACUGUUUGUGGAUGAGUCUAAGAAGCGCGGAGAGUGGUUCGCGGAUAGCGCGGUUUUUGCGGAUUGUCUAGCCCGCUUUUAUGCUACACUGCUGCAGCCAUCGAAUAUAUUUGCGGAGGAUCUUGUUGGGGGGUUUGAGGAGUAUAAUGUUGAGCUGCUCAAGUGGUUCGAGGUUGGAGGGCGAUGGGAAAGAAGAUCUUGCGGGUAA